GUGAGGGCGCUGCGCUACUACUACAACAAGGUGAGCGUGCUAUGCUACCGCUACGACAAGGUGAGGGCGCUGCGCUACUACUACAACAAGGUGAGCGUGCUAUGCUACCGCUACGACAAGAUGAGCGCGCUGCGCUACUACUACGACGAGAACAUCAUCAAGAAGGUCAGCGGUCAGAAGUUCGUCUAUAAGUUUGUGAGCCAGCCCGACCCGGCGCUGGCAGACGGGCCUCGCGGUGUCGAGGACGUCCCGAAGAAAGACUCCUGCGACCCAAUCGGCCAGCUGAAAGGCCAAGGGGGCCUGGCGUCAGUCUUCCAGUCAAAGGGCUCGGCCCAGCGCCCGGCGCCCGGCGGCGCCCAGAAGAGCUCCAGGAACGACUACAUGAAGUCUGGCCUCUACUCCACCUUCACCAUCCAAUCCCUGCAGGCCCCGCCCAACCCCCGCCCAAUCAAAUCGGAGCUCCUGCUGCAGCCGGACCCCGCCCCCAAGGCCAGAGAGGUGAGCCUGCUGCCAGAAGGCCGGCCCUCCCCUCCAGCUGGUGGCGCUGUGGACUCGCUGCAACUCGCCGCCCAGGCCUCGCCCCGCCCCGCGCCGGCGCUCAGCCCGCAGGCCGCCGCCAGCUGCCAAUCACAGAACCUCCCCACCCCCCCUGUCAGCGACCCUCCCCAUAUCUACCUCACCAGCGUGGGCGACUCGCGCCCUUUUGCCCCCCUGCUCCCCCUGGCUCCCUGCGGGGGCCGAGGGCCAGGCUCCACCCCCGACGGGCCGCCGGGCCCCCUGCUGGAUGACGCCCCGCCCCACCCUGUCUUCGUCAUCAUCAACCCGUCACCCCCGCCCCAGGCCCCGCCCCCUCCCGUCGUCAUCAAGGAGGAGAACCUGCCGUCGGAGGAGGAGCUGCUGGAGAUGGUGACCCUGCAGAGGAAGCAGGCGGACCAGGUUCCCCAGCUCAUCUGUGGCCCAGCAGAACCAGAACUGCCUGUCACCAUCGUGGAGAGCCCUCCUCCUCCUGAGCUGGACGCCCAGCAGGAAGUGGAAGAGGGUAGGGCCAAGGACUCUCCAGCAGAGCCCUCCGUUGCCACGGUAACGUGCUCCUCCUCAUCUUCGGCAUCGACCUCGCCGUCCGGCGCCGGGCCGCCCAAACCCAAGAAGCCUCGCAUCCUGGAGCUGCCAUCCUCGCCCUCCCUGCCGCCCGGCCUCUCCCUGGAUAAGGUCAACGCCGCUGUCAACAGUCUGUUGGCGCCGGGCGCUGCCAACACGCUGACACCGACUGUCAUCACCUCCCACGCCCUGACUCCGGUGCUGCUGACGCCCAGCGCUCUUCCUUCCACCAUCCACUUCUGGAGCACGCUCAGUCCCAUCGCCCCACGCUCACCGGCCAAGCUGUCCUUCCAGUUUCCGGCCAACGGCAGCAACCAGAUCCACAUCCCGGCGCUGAGCGUGGACGGACUCUCCACCCCGGUGGUUCUGUCCCCGGGCCCCCAGAAGCCCUGAUCCCGACCCGAAGACUCCCUUUGGACCGAAUCCUGAGGCGCUUGUGCAGCGCCACCUGCUGGAGACCCAGACGAUGAAGAUGAUGAUGCCAGGUGGACGGCCUUCAUCCUCAUUAAAGCCCUUGUCUUUGUCAGAAUGAUGGGGGACGACGCCGGGAACCCAAAGCAUCCGGAACCGACCGGAACCAGAAACUGAAGCCGGGCCGAGGUUGACUGACUUCUCUGUAACCAUGGCAACGCUCAUCUGCACCGCACCGGUCUGAGAACCGGGAGGAAAGGUCGGCGCAGCCAGAACUCUGGGUUUCUGUUUAUUUAUGCUGCAGACCUUCCUGAUCCGACUUGGGUCGGAUUAAAGAUCCGUUUUACAGACCGAGCUCUGCUCUGAUUGGCCGCGCUGAAGGCCAUGCCUUCCCUGCAACAGACCAAUCGCAGAACAGCGUCUACUUCCUCCCUGCAGGGGGCGCUCACAUUCCUCUGCCUGGAUUUCAGAUCUAAACUCAAACCUGUAAAUAUUGUCACAGGUCGGUUCUGUUGAGGUGGGUUUGAUCAGAACCGCUGAACUGGUUCUGGUUGCCAUGGUAACUUCUUGAUCCACAAUGGAUCUUUGCUAAAACUGAUGUUUUUGGACCAGAACCUGAGUGCUUAGUCUGGAUUGUUCCGGAUCAGAACCUCAAACCCAGCUGCUGUAGAGCGGUUCCGACGGUCUUUAAGGGUUCCAGUUUCAGGAGUAUCGGACCGUUUCCGUCCAGAGAACGUCGAACUAACUCUGAUCUACCGCCUGCUGUGGUUCUGACCGGAUCGGAUUCAGGAAGUUUCUGAGCUGGAAGCUGGAAAAUCUGAUUCCAAGAGGAAAAAUGAAAUUCAAUCUUUGUUUAUAAAAGAAAAAAUGUUUGAGUCGGAGUAAAAAUGGACGAAAUGCUGAACGGCUCUGAACGCUCAGCGAGCCGCAGGGGCUCUUUACUGAGGAUGAUGAUGGAGAUGGGGGGUCACAUCUUCGCACCAUGCUGAGGUUCUCCAGUUUGGAGAAGAAACCGCCUGACUGUUGUAGGCUGUGGUUGCCACGGUAACCUGACAUGACUGUUGCCUUCAUAGUGUUUCUGUGAGUCGCUGAGGCUGCUGCAGUCUGACCGUCACUGAGGUCAGAUCCACCUGGACUGGACCCGCUCCCCACACAGCAUCUGUCCUUUGACCUUUAAGGGAAAGGUCAGACUGAGCACCGGUCCAAUCAGUGAGCAGGAUACGCGCAGCAUCCUCUGAACGCACUAUCCUGCAUGCUCAGACGGUAUCCUUGUAUGUAUCUGACCUCUGACCUCUGACCUUGCCCCGACACUCCAACUUGGACGGACUCUCAUACCAGAAUUGGUCUUGGAUUUGGACACAGCCGGGUCACAGACGCCACGUUUGGACCUUCAAUCCUUCAGACUCGGACCAUCAGAACCUGUUGCUGUUCAGAAACUUGGGUCCUUAUGAGGAACCGGGUUCGGUUCCUUUGGCCCGAGUUCUGGUGCCGCCUGUGUCCUGAUGAUGGAGUUUCCCAGCCUCAGCGGGUCCCUGAAUGCAGCAUGACUCUAUUUUUCUACCAGAGAUCCGAGUUUAUUUUGUUCUCAAAGUCGCCUUAAAGAUCCUGAGCAGCAGGAAGGAGGUUCUGGAAGAUUCUGUCCGACCAAGAAGCCAUUUUUGUGGACCAGAACAUUUCUCUCACCAGCAGAACCUGAAGAAUGUCUCCACACCGAUAACUCAGCACCCCCUCCUGCUGCUCCAUGUGGUUCUGUUUGAUGGAACUGGACCCGACUUCUGAAGGUAUCUGCAGAACCUGAAGCUCCAUUCAGACCCGACCCGUUUAGCUCCAUCUGUCUGAUGUUCUUCUCUGCUGAAGCUGAAGGAGAACCUGGCAGGUAUUUGCUGAGCAGAACCUAAAAGUCUGGUUUUGACUUGAGGAGGUCUGAUGGAGGCUUCAGCAGAACCUCAAAGUCUCUGUUUACCCGGUUCCCUUGGGCCAGAACAUCCUGAGUUCCUGUCCCAUGAUGGGGUUUAAAAGCCCCACGAACCGUCUGACGACACUAAAGUCUAUAAAUGUGACACCGCCAUCAGGCGGUCCCUGGCUCCGCCUCCCGUGGGUCAGGCGGUCCCUGGCUCCGCCUCCCGUGGGUCAGGCGGUCCCUGGCUCCGCCUCCCGUGGGUCAGGCGGUCCCUGGCUCCGCCUCUUGGUGUCACUGAUGUUCUGGAGUUUUCUUUCUGACCUGCUGAUCUUUUCUUUUAUUACUUCACUGUGGUGGGCGGAGCUAAAACCAUAUUUGUAUUAUGUCCCAUGAUGCUUUGCAGACAGGAAGCUCCAGAACGUUCUCUGUACAUACAUGAUGCUCCUGAUCACAUGACUGUUUAACCUGUACUAUGUGACUGGGCUGACCAAUGAAAUGUUUCUGUCGUCACUCCUCAAGGCAUGGCCCCGCCCCUCCUCGGCUGCCAUUGGCUGGAGGGUUGAUUGAUGUAAGGGGGCGGGGUCUGCGUUUAUUUUUCUGGGUCUGACGACAAACUUUAAAUCAGAAGAUAUUUUUAUUUGAUGUAAACGUUGUUUUCUACAAUCGCAUCAGGAAAUAAAGAUUCAUCCGAGUCUCU